AACUGAUAUUGAAUACUUUCUGGGGCUUCAAUUUAGUAGUUUUAGUUUUUGCUAACUCUGUACGAAAUGCUUGUAAUUUAAUAAAUAAUUUGUUUGAAAAUAUACUGAAUUACAUGUUGUAUGAGUGGCACGAUUUGGAAAUUGGAAUACAUUUUUCAAUUUAUUAUGGUACUAAAUAUGUUUUUUGCAUUUAAACGUGAUAGUAUACCAUAAUUGCAAUUGUAAUUCCAAUUUCAGCUUAUUUCCAGCUGUCUAUUGAUUCCUAAGUAUACCUGAGGUAUUGAUUAAAAAAAAUCAAAUUAACUUUUAUUGUUCUUCAGCUGUAUAAGAAUAUAAUUUACAUUACUCUCUACAUGAUGUACGACUACGAAUUUGGGGAUUUGUGUUUUGACGAAGAUAAAAUGGGUAUGAAAGUGACUUCAGGGAUUGUAACAAUUAAUAAAGAUCCAACAACCAAUCUUAUAGGAAUAACAAUUGGUGGAGGACCACCUCACUGUCCUUGCAUUUAUGUUAUUCAGGUUUCGGACAAUUCACCAGCCUCAUUAGAUGGUACAUUAGAGAGUGGUGAUGAGAUUUUAGCUGUUAACAAUGAAUGUGUACGUGGACGUACUAAGUUACAAGUAGCACAAAUGAUACAAUCAAGUGUAGAUCGAGUAAUUUUAAAAUAUAAUAAAUUGCAUGCUGAUGCUCGCCAAGGCAAGACAUUAGAUAUUGUAUUAAAAAAAGUUAAACAUAGAUUAGUUGAGCGUAUGUCUGCAACUACUGCCGAUUCUUUAGGUAUGUCUCGUGCUAUACUUGUUAAUGACAGUCUUGUAAAACGUUUACAACAAUUAGACGAUAUGGAACAUUCAUAUCGUCACUUAGUUGAUCAUACAGAACGUGUACUUCGUGCGUUUUAUGCACUAACCCAAUGUUUUAAAGAAUUUGGUGAUACUUUUGCUGAAAUUGGUGCUCGUGAACCACAGCCUAGAGCCAGUGAGGCUUUAGUACGCUUUGCUGAAUAUCAUAGACGCAUGGAACGGCAAGGUCUCAUGUUAAUCAAAGCUCUGAAACCAAUAUCCAGGUCAUUUGGUACGUAUUUGAAUAAAGCUAUUCCAGAUACCAAACAGACAAUACGAAAAUAUGCUGAUGUGAAAUUUGAAUAUUUAUCAUACUGCUUAAAAGUUAAAGAGUUAGACGAUGAAGAAAUUACUUAUUGUUCAGCAGAUGAACCUUUAUAUCGUAUUGAAACAGGAAAUUAUGAAUACAGGCUAGUAUUGCGAUGUCGCCAAUUAGCAAGAAAACGAUUUGCUGCUCUAAGAGAAGAUGUUUUGGCAAAAAUCGAGUUAUUAGAAAAUAAACAUGUGCACGAUGUUGUAGGUCAAUUGCAUGCUAUUGCUUCACAAAUGGCCAGUUAUAAUUGUGAAAUAAGUCAAAUGAUGCUUGGAGGAGGAAACAGUAGUAGUGAACCACCACUAUUUCCUAUUGAGAUGGAUUUGACACGUACUGCAUUUCAAUAUGAAUCCGUCCAGCCACCAGUUAGUGAUUGCUUUCAAGAUGAUCAAGAUGAUGACAAUUUACUUGCUCAAGCAGAUAAUCCAAGAGUUUACCGGGAUACACCACCAUUAUCUCAAAAAAAUGAUGAGCCUAUUUCAGCUUUGACAGAAUUAGCACAGUUACAUUUGAAUACAGAGAAAACAGAUACUGAAAACACUGAAAAUCAAACUCAAACAGUAACUUCUCCAUUACUUUUAGAUCUAUAAUAAUUGUUUAUAUUUUUUUUUUCAUUUUUUUUGAAAAUCAGUAUGUAUUUAUUUCUACUCAUUUUUUGUUUAUCGCAUAAAGUAUGCUUUCUACUAGUACCAUUCCUUUUACUAGUCGCACUUAUCUAAUCAUUUUAUUGUAUUUAUUAUUUUUAUCAAUAUAAAUUAUUUAAUCAUUUU